UGCGACGGCAGAGUUUAUGGCCGAGAAAACUCCGUGAUCGCGCGGAGGUCCAUAAUUUGUCGUGAUCGUCAGUGAUCGUCGGUUGCGCAACUGCGAAAAAUGCCGUUUUACCAAUUCAACUCGUUCACCGGCAGGCUGAAGCCGUCCACCAAUCUUCAGCCGCUCUACCCCAUCUCUCCUCUUCCUUUACAGAAGUCAGAGCCAGUGAUUUACGACAGCAUCAAAACCAAACCGGUGACGGUUACGCCCAAGGCGAGCUAUUGCACCGACAAACCACCCACCCUCGAUCCGAAAUUGUGGGCAAAGUACAAGCACUUCCAGGCUGCGCUAGACAAGCCGGUAUACUUGGCUGGUGGCAAAAAGGAUAAGAUGCUAUUCGCAUUCACAGUUGCAUACGUCGGUGUUUGUACGCUACAAUCACUCGUGUUUAUCGCAAAGGAAUGCUUGAAUAUUAUCUAAAUAGAAUAAGUGGAUGUUAUGUAGAUAAUAAAUUGUAUAGACUUCUGGUAUUGCGAUUCUGUAUUGACAUUACAAAUGUUAAUACUGGAAAGUAAGGAAAAGUAAUUAUAUUAAAUUUAAAAAAUGCA